AGCUGACGAAUUCAUGUGUUUUUCAAGGCCGAAGCUGACGAAGCUGGCCGUGCCUCCAGGUCUUCUCAUCGAUGGGGUACGCUUUCUACCCAGUUGACGAGUUCGAACUUGGGAAUUCAGUGUCUGCUGCUGAUUGCGCGCCCAAUAACUGAUGUUCAUGUGGCGCACAUACGCCUGGCCUAGUGACCUCCCUACCCACUACCUAUCCAUGGCGUUACCGUCGCUCUCACAUCUUCCCCCCUGGACUCCCGCUAAGUCCAGUUCUGGCCUCUCCCCUCGCGCCCCUGCAGCGUCGCGGCGUGGGCGGAGCAUCGCAGCAGCUGUGGAGUCCUCCCUCCUGCCCAUCGCCGCAACCGCCCUCACCGCGCACCGUCGCUGCCACACCCGCCUGUCGCCAGCACCAGUCGCGCUGUCCCGCGUGCGACCUCUCGCUUGCCCGGCGGCCCCGCGUGCCUCCCGCGGGCGCGCUCCUGCUGGACCGCCUCCUGUGCCUUGCGCUGCUCCUCAACUUCGCCGUGGGCGUAUUGAGCCUCGCCAGGGACUCGUACAGGCUGGGCCACACGUGGCACCGCACUCUGCAGGACCCAACGCUAAUGAGAAUAUGAGGUACCAGGAAGCGUACGACCGUGGGACCUCCGAGGACGAAUACAGCAGCAGCAGCAGCAGCAGCAGCAGCAGCAGCAGCAGCAGCAGCAGCAGCAGCAGCAGCAGCAGCAGGGGCAGUGUGAGAGGCAGUAGUGGGGAGGGUAGCAGAAGGGGCGAGAGCAUGGUAGCUGGGGUGCAGGAGUUUUUUCUGGAGGCAGGCGACCCUCGGUUCGACUGGUUCGUGGCUGGAGUGGUGAGCUUGAUCCCCGGCGUCAACGGCGCCGCAUGGCUGCUCGCCUCGUGGCACUCCGCCCUUCCUCUCCCCUGGCCUCAAGCGCCACAUGGCCAAGAACGCUGCAGCCUACGGCCUGCCCAGCCUCGCCUCCCUCCUCGUCUUCGCCCUAGGCUUCCCCUCCCCCAUCUCCCUCCUCCUCUCGCCCUUCUCUUCCCUCACCUCCUUCCUUCUCUCGCCGUUCAGCCAAUCAGUGGCCGCCACUGCAGCAGGAUCAGCAGCUGCUGGAGCGGUGGCAGCAUUAGGGGGGUUGUCGGUGGUGGGGUAUGGCAGCAGCAGUGCGUGGUGGGUGAGCGUGGUGCUGGGGGCGGUGCACCUGCAGCUAGAGCGAGUGAGGGCUGUGAGCAUGCAGGAGUGCAGAGAGGUGCUUCGCGCCUUUGGGCGCGGGCUAAAGAGGACGAGAGAGAGGCGACGAGGGCAAUGAAGGGGAUGGAUUGGUGGGAUGGUCAGGCGGGAGGUGAUGCGGAUGAGGGGGCUGGCAACGAUGGUCGCGCCCGACGCAAUAGCAGUGGCAGCGGCGGGAGCCAGGGUGGUGAUGUGUGGAUGGAGGCAGAGGAGCGGAGGCGGCUACAGCAGUUUGAUGCGAAGCUCGUGGGGAGGCCUCUGCAGCAAAUGGGUAUGCCAAGCAGCCCGGCACAGUGGCUUGGCCACAAUGGCUAGGGCUACCACUGUGGGAUGCGGGGGCCAAAAGCUGUGCAUGCCCGCCGGCAGCAUGGACAACAGACGAUGUGGUAACAUGGCUCACAACAUAGGGCUUUGCCUCCUAUGCAUCUGCAUUCCUCCACCACACUGUCUGCGGCCAGGUGCCCUCCUCAUGCACCCUUGCUGCCCUGCCCUGGGCUUCUCCCUGCAUCCUUGCCUUUCCUGUCAACAAUCUUUGUGUUUCACUCUUCCUCAUUGUGUCAACCCUGCUUCUAUCCCUCCCUCACUCGCCCCUCACACUGCAUUGCACUGUCAGUCCUCUCUCCUCCAUGUGUGUGCAUUGCCUGUGUGCAUGUGCUGCCAGCAGGUGUUGCUGGACCUAAUAGCAGAGGACCUGAGGGAUGAUCUGGGGGUGCGCACUCCAGGUGACAGGAAGAGGCUGCCAGAACAAAGUUAACAAAUGACUAGAACAAUGAGAUACAAGGGAAUAUAACCUAGAGGGUUGUACUUUCUUAGGCACAACCCUAUAUAGUCUAUAACAACAUAGAAAGAUACCGUAAUCCCUCGUAUAAAACACCCUAUGGUGUUAAUAAAAGUGCAACGAAAUU